GGGAUUGCACACACUAGCAGUUUGACACUCCGUCUCAGUACCAGUUAGGCUGCUCACUUAUCCUGCUGAGCUGUGAAGAUCCAGCAUCAAGAUGUCAAAAGAAGCGAAAAGCAAAGAAGACAUCCGUACAUUUGCUGAGAAAGUGUUUGCAACCGAGGUUUUGGGUGACGAUACCAAGGAUGAACUUAAUCUCUUUGAUGUCGUGGAACACUGCCCCAUUGCACACCAUGAAAUGAACGAUCACAUGGUUCUUCUAGAUACCAAGGAGGCUCAAGAUAAAAGGAAGAAGCGUCUGCAACGUCUGAAGACAAUUGUUCUCAAAGUCCCAGAGGAAGAGCAGAAACAAGUUUUUGUAGCAGAUGCAGAAGAUUCUGCACCUCUCUAUCAAACGGUGCCAGAGUUCCAAAGGGUACAGAUUACUGGAGACUAUGCAUCUGGGGUGACAGUUGAUGAUUUUGAGUUGGCUGGAAAGGGUCUGUUUCGAGCAUUGACCAUAAGGGAAAAAUAUAUGCGUGCAUCUUUACAGAGACAUCCAAGAACAGUAGCUCAGUACCUCCGAGACAUUGAAGGUAGAUUUUGGAAAGAGGAAGAUGAGAUCUAUCCAGAAUUCAGCCCACCACCACAAAAGGGAGAAGACCCUUUCAGAACUGAUAAUCUGCCUGGUGACGUUGGAUACAAGUUGGCAAUGAAAAAUGGAGUGAUUUACGUUUACCCAGACAAAGAUGCCCUGUCCAAGGGUAAACCUAAAGAUUUCAACUACCCGGAUAUUCAUGAAUUUGUGGAUGAUAUGAAUUUUUUGAUUAUGCUUAUUGCUCAAGGGCCUGUCAAGACCUACAGCCAUCGACGUCUUAAAUUUUUGUCAUCCAAGUACAAAGUCCAUGAAAUGUUGAAUGAGAUGGAAGAAAUGAAGGAGCUGAAAAAUAACCCACAUCGAGAUUUCUACAAUUGCAGAAAGGUUGACACUCACAUUCAUGCUGCAGCUUGCAUGAACCAGAAGCACCUUCUACGUUUCAUCAAGAAGUCAUACAGGAUGGAUGCAGACCGUGUCGUGUACAACGCAAAGGGAAAUCAGUUGACCUUAAAACAGGUGUUUGAAAAGUUGAACCUUCACCCUUAUGACCUCACAGUAGAUUCUCUAGAUGUCCAUGCUGGAAGACAAACAUUCCAGCGCUUUGACAAGUUUAAUGCCAAAUAUAACCCAGUAGGUGCCAGCGAAUUACGAGACCUUUACAUGAAAACAGAAAACUUUAUUGAUGGGGAAUAUUUUGCUACUAUCAUUAAGGAAGUGGGAUCAGAUCUAGACGAUGCUAAAUACCAGUAUGCUGAACCCCGACUCUCAAUCUAUGGACGCUCCCCAGAUGAAUGGACAAAACUUGCAUUUUGGUUCAACAAGCACAAAGUCUACUCUCCCAACAUGAAGUGGAUGAUUCAAGUGCCAAGAAUCUAUGAUAUUUUCAGAGCUCAGAAGUUUGUGCCGCAUUUUGGAAAAAUGUUGGAAAAUAUCUUCUUGCCAGUGUUUGAAGCCACUAUUAACCCCAACGCAAACAAAGAACUGAGUGUGUUCCUCAGACACAUUACUGGCUUUGAUAGUGUGGAUGAUGAGUCUAAACACAGUGGUCACAUGUUUUCAACAAAGAGUCCAGCACCCCAGGAAUGGACCAUUGAGAAGAACCCAUCAUACACAUAUUAUAUCUACUAUAUGUAUGCCAACAUCAGAGUGCUGAACAACCUUAGGCGGGAGAGAGGAAUGAACACUUUCCUUUUCCGUCCUCACUGUGGAGAGGCUGGUGCUAUCACUCACUUACUGGCAGCAUUCAUGACCGCAGACAACAUCUCUCAUGGCUUAAACCUUAAAAAGAGCCCUGUACUGCAAUACCUAUACUUUUUGAGCAAGAUCCCCAUUGCUAUGUCACCACUGAGCAACAACAGUCUAUUUCUGGAAUAUGCCAAGAACCCCUUGCUGGACUUUCAUGAAAAAGGCUUGGUGGUCUCAUUGUCUACAGAUGACCCUAUGCAGUUCCAUUAUACCAAGGAGCCCCUUAUGGAGGAAUAUGCUAUUGCUGCCCAAGUCUUCAAGCUUAGCACCUGUGAUAUGUGUGAGAUAGCCAAGAACAGUGUGGUGCAGUGUGGUAUGUCUCAUGAGGAAAAGGUACGUUUCUUGGGUAAAGACUAUCACAAGGAAGGGCCUCAAGGAAAUGAUAUCCGUAAGACCAAUGUAGCUCAGAUAAGGAUGGCCUACAGAUACGAAACCUGGUGCUAUGAGCUCAAUCUAAUCGUCCAAGUUCUAAAAACAGCAGAAUAAUGAACUUUGUUGCCUUCUUGACCCAUUGCUGAGGACAUUUCAACCGCAUGCAGAGAAAUACCUUUUUUGUAUAGUUCAUGUCCUUAAGGAAUACAUGAUUUGUGAGUUUGAAACAAAAUAGAAAUGGAACAAUGGCUUUACUGGUCCUAGCAUAUCACUGAACUGUAUAAUAUUACUGAUGUUGUAUUAAAGUGUUACUAAACCCACAACAGUAAAAUCUGUCUGUAUAUGCAGAAUAGCAUGCUUGUUAUACUCGCUGUGGAACUUAAGGGGUUAAUCCUUUGCAUUGUAUAAAAGGGCUGUUUGAUCCUGUAUGCACAGAUCUUCCCCCUCCUGCAGGGUCACUCUUGGCAAGGCCAGAUAAGACACAGUCAGGUUAGUAAAGCUGCACAUGCUCAGUUUGGUCUCUAUUGCUGGAGAGAACAGUUCCCUGUUGAGCUGAACUUUUCAGGUCACAUAAUAUUGACAUCACACAUUUGAAUGUGUAUACAGAUCCUAAAUGACAGCUCAGUCCCUCCCUCCUCCUCUAAGCCCAGUAACUAAAAAAGAACACAGUGGAUGGGAUGUCAAUGGAUGAUCGGCCUCCCAUAACAGCAUGAGGACACAAGCUGUAGUGGAAAUCUCCUCCUACCUCAACACUCAGCACUCGGGCAAACCCUGCAGUUUCUCACGUGACCGUGGUAUCCAGAUCAGCCAAAAAGGUAUAUAGUGGUAGUAUUUUAAUGUAAAAAGAAGAUUUAGAAGCUGUGGGCACUGUGGUGGGGGCGGAUGAACUAUUUUCAUAUUACUGGGUUAUGUAACACUUUAACUGUAUCGAACAUUUUACAUAUCAUGUUCAAUCAUGUAAUUUAUUACACUUUUUUUCUCAAAUUUUAAAAGCGGCUUCCCACAGACAGAAAAUAAUGCUAACUGCUACAGUUGCAUCGUGUGAAGAUUUUAUUAUGCAUUGUGUGUAGUUUUAAUACUACUUACAUCCUGUAUCAUGACACCUCCCAUCCAACAAAUACCUACAACUCAUGAACUUAUAGUCAAAUAAAAAU